UCACCAGGCAUCAGGUCAUUUGGCUCGACAGCGGGCACCGCGUCAUCUGGCAAGGCAGUGGGCUCCGAGUCAACAGGCACGACAGUGGGCACCGGGUCAUCAGGUACCGGAUUGUCUGGCUCGACAGCGGGCAUCGGGUCACCAGGUAUGACAGCGGGCACUGGGUCACCAGGCAUCAGGUCAUUUGGCUCGCCAGCGGGCACCACGUCAUCUGGCAAGGCAGUGGGCACCGAGUCACCAGGUACGACAGUUGGCUCUGAGUCAAUUGGCACGACAGCGGGCAACGGAUCAUCUGGAUCAACAGCGGGCAUCGAGUCAACUGGCCUAAUAGGAUCGUCAGGCUGGAUCAGUUCAUCAUGCUGGGUAGAGGCAUCAGGCUGAAUGCCGGCGUCCGGCUGAGUAGAGGCUUCAGGCUGAGUAGAGGCUUCAGGCUGAGUAGAGGCUUCAGGCCGAGUAGAGGCAUCAGGCCGAGUAGAGGCUUCAGGCCGAGUAGAGGCAUCAGGCCGAGUAGAGGCAUCAGGCCGAGUAGAGGCUUC